GAAGAAUCUGGGAACAAGGAAGGAAGGGAUUCAAGGCUGGAUGAAAGUUUGAAAUUCCGUUUCCGCUUUAGGGAGUGAAAAUUGAUUUGAGCAGAACUUGACUUGAAAAUAUAUUUAUUUCAGAGACCUACUCAACUUUUACAAUAUUGAUUGUACUUUUGGAUAAGUUGUAUCAUGGCUUCUUCGCCGCAAAAGUCGCCAUCGUCUCCGUCGCCGACGACUCCGAAAUCACCCUCUUCCAGAAAGAAAGAUGACUCGUUCCUGGGAAAGCUUGGAGGAACUUUAGUAAGAAGAAAGAAGGCAAAAGAAGGUACAGUUCUGAUCAAAACAAUACUGUCACGAACAUUUCUAAACUUUACCUGCGUGAAGUAGCAUGUAUGUAAAACACAUUAUCAGCCAAGCACAAGCAGAAAAUGCGUAUUUUAUGGAAGCCCAUUUUAACUAGCUAGUCGCUACAACAAUGUUUCAAUCUGAGCAAAAAAUGCGUUGUGUAAUGAAGUCACGCCUCAACAAUUGUCUACUCGUCAGUCUGAUUCUCUCAAUUCAUUAUUUGUAAAGGAAUAUCGCAUUCGCCGUCUUUCCAAACUGCAAAUUCAUUGAAGAGAUCAGAAUGGAGUAGGAUACUACAUAGGCCUAAAUAUCUGUAAACUAGCUUACACACUCAAAUAAUAGGAUGUCUUGUAUUUCAACGUUGUUGUAUUGCAUUGACCCGAGUUGGCCUGCAGGGCAGCCUGGGGGCGCAUGCAGUGCCUAGUAGAGUUACUUACUGUAGCUGCAGACUAUGGUUGCCAUGUAGGGUAUGCUACUACUUCAGAUGCAAUUACUCAGGAAUGAGGUAAGAGCAAACACAACUCCAGGAGUAGCUGCACUGCUAGUAUGUGUCCUUAAUUUCACUGCUACAGGAUUAACAAACCUAUAAAUGAAUGAGUUGCUCCAUCCAUUGUUUUUCCUCAAGUUCAUCAUCAAAUGAAUUAAAGUUGCACAUUAAGUGGAAAUGAUCCCUCUUUGUUUGACCUGUUCAGAGUGCCCCCGACCUCCAGGGGGCCCCCAAAAUGUGGUUGUCCGGCCCUGUACUUGUGUUAUGAUUGGUUUAUAUCAAUCACGGAUCACAGGGCUGAGUGGUUGACACACUACAGCUGAGCCCCAUCCCGUCUCUCCCUCAUACACACACACAGUGGCCAGGAUGUCCGCAGUGUGUUCCUGGUGAUUUGAUGGAAAGCUUCUCUGGACCCGUGUUGCGGGAGUAUAUUUAAUUUGAAACACUCUGAUAUUUACGAAGGGGAGGAAGAGAGGGGGCACGUCCUUGAACAAGCCUGUUGAUUGGACCGCGGCGAGAGAGGGAGGAAAGGAUGGGGAAAGGGCGAGACAGAGUGUUAGAGACAGGACAGUGGACGUUGAGCAGGCUGGAGGAGAGGAUGAGUCAGUGAAGAGUCCCUGUGGUGAAGGGAAGAUGCUGGAAACUCAGAGGGAGAGAUGGGCUGUGGAGCACUCUGCCCACCAGGUAAGACAGCCUGUUCGUGUUCACCUACCCACUGCUGGAGCAUGAGGAGAGGAAGGAGAAACACUGGCUGCAUUUCAAUAAUCUAAAGUGGCAUCCUUCGCUGCUUUCCUUUCCUUCAUUUACACACAGAUGACGUCGCAGGAUGGGUGAAAGCAAUGUGUGGGAGAUACCUACCACGUACUUGCUUUCACCCUUCCAGUUCCUUCACAUCAGUGCAUAUGAAGGAUAGGAGACCCAGUGUCUCUGUAGCAGGUCUGAGAUAGGGUUAGCGCCCCAACUCACAGCAUCACAUGCUCUGUGUGUGAAUCACUGCUGGUCAAGAGGACAUUGUGUAUGGAGAUCAUUUUAAAGGGGUGAUUGAGAGGGCAGUGAUAGUACCUCUCUUAUUCUCUGUAGGCACAUGCUGAUGCAUGCAAUUAUCAGUCAUCCAAUUAUUUCUGAGAGAAGGCAUACAGUGCCUUCAGAAAGUAUUCAUACCCCUUUACUUAUUCCACAUAUUGUUGUGUUACAGCCUGAAUUAAAAAUGGAUUAAAUAGGUUUUUCUCACUCAUCUACACACAAUAAUCCAUAAUGACAAAGUGGAAAUGUUUUUAGAAAUGUUUGCUAAUUCAUUGAAAAUGAAAUCCAUAAAUAUCACUUUACAUAAGUAUUCACUGAGGCAAUACUUUGUAGAAGCAGCUGUGAAUAUUUCUGGGUAAGUCUGGAAGAGCUUUCCACACCUGGAUGGUGCAACAUUUGCCCAUUUACUAUUUUCAAAAUUCUUCAAGGUCUGUCAAAUUAGCUGUUGAUCAUUGCUAAACAACCAUUUUCAGGUCUUGCCAUAGAUUUUCAAGUAGAUAUAAAUCAACUGGAGCAUUCACUGUCUUCUUGGUAAGAACUCCAGUGUAGAUUUGGAUUUGUGUUUUAGGUUAUUGUCCUGCUGAAAGGUGAAUUCAUCUCCCAGUGUCUGGUGAAAAACAGACUGAACUAGGAUUUAUCCUGUGCUUAGCUCCAUCCUGUUUAUUUUUGUAUCCUGAUAAACUCCACAGUCCUUAGCAAUUAAAAUCAUACCUAUAACAUGGUGCAGCCACCACUAUGCUUGAAAAUAUGGAGAGUGGUACUCAGUAAUGUUUGGGGCAAAUCCAAUAAAACACAUAACACUUUGUAUUCAGGACAAAAUGGGAAUUGCUUUGCCACAUUUUUUGCAGGAUUACUUUAGUACCUUGUUGCAAACAGGAUAACUGUUUUGGAAUAUUUGUAUUCUGUACAGACUUCCUUCUUUUCACUCUGUCAAUUAGGUUAGUAUUGUGGAGUAACUACAAUGUUGUUGAUCCAUCCUCAGUUUUCUCCUAUAACAGCCAUUAAACUUUGUAACUGUUUUAAAGUUACCAUUGGCCUCAUGGUGAAAUCCCUGAGCGGUUUCUUUCCUCUCCGGCAACUGAAUUGGGAAGGACGUCUGUAUUUUUGUAGUGACUGGGUGUAUUGAUAUACCAUCCAAAGUGUAAUUAGUAACAUCACCAUGCUCAAAGGGAUAUUGUUAUGUAAUUAUCUUGUUACUUUUUGAUUUGAUUUUUGACUUUAGUUUAUUUAGUAAAUAUUUUCUUAACUAUUUAUUGAACUGCAUUGUUGGUUAAGGGCUUGUAACUAGGUAAGGUCUACACUUGUUGUAUUCGGCGCAUGUGACAAAUAUUAUUUUAUUUUAUGUUCAAUGUCAGCUUAUUAAUUUUUUUACACAUUAUUUUCUACCAAUAGGCGCCCUUCUUUGCUAGGCAUUGGAAAACCUCCCUGGUCUUUGUGGUUGAAUCUGUGUUUGAAAUUCACUCCUCGACUGACGGACCUUACAGAUAAUUGUAUGUCCAUUAAUCUAUUUUAAAUUCAGGCUGUAACACAACAAAAUCUGGAACAAGUGAAUACUUUCUGAAGGCACUGUAUGUCAUGCUGUCAAGACACAGGAUAUUCUCCUUCGUCUUGAUAUGAUGCUGUACAGGCGGUCAGAAGCAGGGCUGCUGAUGGUGUUGAUUAAGAGGAUGUCAUCUUCACUGGAAGGAAUGCUGAGAAAUCCAGCACAGGAUGUUCACACCACUACAGGUGUCACUGACACAGCAGUAUGGUGAAAUGCCUGCUGGGGCAGGGCAGGGGUUGAUGGGAAACCAGGAAGUUCUGUGUAAUACAUAUGCUACUAACAGAUGGGGAAAGUAUAUUGUCUUGAUUAACUGAGAACAGUGUCAGAUCAGAUAAGCUGAUUUAGGAACGGGGACACCGAAAGCUGAGGCAGUGCAGUGAGCUAAGGAGAAAAACGUGAUAUUGACUAAGAAUCAAUUGUAGCUGCUGCUAUUGAUUUAAGAAUACAGAAGAAUCUUCCCCUUUAGAACAUGUCUCCUCUGUUGUGAGAUAUAGCCUAGGGAGGAGGAGUGUACUGAUGAGGGCCACUAAGUAGUAGACUGAGGAAAUGCCUGUCUGGAGGACUCCCUGGACUUGAGAUAAAAUUGCAGUGUUUUUCCAAUGUGCAGCAGCCUAUAAGAAAAUAUUACUUGAGGAAAGACCAGUGAGUGAAACUACUUACAGAAAUAACCACUACACCUCAAUAAUAUACCCUAUUAGACAUGAUAAAUAAAGCAAAGCCAGGCUCCUGUGUUAGCACUAGGCUAUUUUGACAAAAUAGCUAUGGUAGUAGUUAGCUGGUUUAUUAAUGGUGUGGGAACACUAUUACAGUGCUAUCAUGUGCUGGUCCCUAUCCUAGUAGUUGUCCCCCGCCUUAACAACAACCUCUCGUUUCCCUUGACCCUCCGUGCUUAUGUCUGGUGGAUUAGCCAUAGUGGCAAAACUUAACUGAUACUAAGAGCAGCAAAAUACUGAGCAAAAAUAAACAUGUAGUAGCCUAAAUUGUAGAAAUACUUUUUAGUAGAAUCAUCACAGAUUCGAAGUGGCUACUGUUUGUGCCUCCUUUUUGCUAUGUGUUAGAGAGGAUGCAUUGUGAGGGAUGUGAUGUGGUAUCUCUCUGAACUCCCCCAUCUCUCGCUUCUUCUCACCCUACAGUGUCUGAGCUCCAGGAGGAGGGGAUGAACGCCAUCAACCUGCCCCUGAGCCCCACCCAAUACGAACUGGACCCAGAGGACACCAUGCUAGGGAAGUACAGUACAGUCCCCAUCUGAGAGCCCUGGCCAUAGAAGAUGAGAUGCCUUGACACUGGCUAUACCUAAUCUUGCUUUCUGUUCCUACAGAUGAGAAUGAGGUCCGCACCAUGGUCGACCCCAACUCCAAGAAUGACCAGAAACUACAGGAACUCCAGAAGGUGCUGAUCGACUGGAUCAAUGAUGUGUUGGUGGGAGAGAGGAUCAUCGUGAAGGACCUGGCUGAGGAUCUUUACGACGGGCAGGUUCUGCAGAAACUCUUUGGUGAGGAACAAGUCCCUUAAUGGUUCUCCAUCAAACUUAAAGGAUCACUAUUCCCACUCUACUACUAAUCACCUUCUCCCUCUGACCAUUUUCUCUCAGGCCUUUCUCUCAUUGACAGGAAUGGAUCUUGUGCAAUGCAUCAAAUGCCUGUAUUAAUACAUGCUGUUUUCUUUGUAUAUGUGUUUCAGAGAAGCUGGAGGGGGAGAAGCUAAAUGUAGCUGAGGUGACCCAGUCGGAGAUCGCCCAGAAACAGAAGCUGCAGACGGUGCUGGAGAGGAUCAACGACUCCAUCAAGGUCUCUACCAGGAGCAUCAAAUGGAAUGUGGACUGUAAGUAGAGGCUGAGAACUAGGUCGUAUUAAUUAGGGCACACAGUAGCAAAACAUUACGCAACAGAAAAUGAAAACAAGCGUUCUUAUUGGACAUGUUCAGAUAGACUGAAACAUGGAGGGACUGUUUUCCUCUGUUUUGGUGAGAGAGACUCUGCAUACAGUAGCUAUUGAGUGAGCCCAAGUGGUCAGACAGAUGGAAUACAUGGGGGCUUCAGCUUGUUACGAGUCCAUACUUGACUCACUGGUCAUUGAGUUUUCUCUCUAAUGGAGAAGGAAUGUCUGUCUAUACAGUACAUUUCAGUAAAGCACUUUAGGUUUGCCUUGAUGUUUAUGAGGCUUUUAACAAGAAUAUGAUAAUACUGGUAAUAGCAUUCAAACUUGUGUUUUAUCAUUAGCAUACAUGUAUGAGAAAAGGGAAGAGAGUUGAAGGGAUGAACUGAUUUGAGUGAAGUAGUCCAGAAAUAUACAGUGAGGGAAAAAAGUAUUUGAUCCCCUGCUGAUUUUGUUCGUUUGCCCACUGACAAAGAAAUGAUCAGUCUAUAAUUGUAAUGGUAGGUUUAUUUGAACAGUGAGAGACAGAAUAACAACAAAGAAAUCCAGAAAAACACAUGUCAGAAAUGUUAUAAAUUGAUUUGCAUUUUAAUGAGGGAAAUAAGUAUUUGACCCCCUCUCAAUCAGAAAGAUUUCUGGCUCCCAGGUGUCUUUUAUACAGGUAACGAGCUGAGAUUAGGAGCACACUCUUAAAGGGAGUGCUCCUAAUCUCAGUUUGUUACCUGUAUAAAAGACACCUGUCCACAGAAGCAAUCAAUCAAUCAGAUUCCAAACUCUCCACCAUGGCCAAGACCAAAGAGCUCUCCAAGGAUGUCAGGGACAAGAUUGUAGACCUACACAAGGCUGGAAUGGGCUACAAGACCAUCGCCAAGCAACUUAGUGAGAAGGUGACAACAGUUGGUGCGAAUAUUCACAAAUGGAAGAAACACAAAAUAACUGUCAAUCUCCCUCGGCCUGGGGCUUCAUGCAAGAUCUCACCUCGUGGAGUUGCAAUGAUCAUGAGAAUGGUGAGGAAUCAGCCCAGAACUACACGGGAGGAUCUUGUCAAUGAUCUCAAGGCAGCUGGGACCAUAGUCACCAAGAAAACAAUUGGUAACACACUACACCGUGAAGGACUGAAAUCCUGCAGCGCCCGCAAGGUCCCCCUGCUCAAGAAAGCACAUAUACAUGCCCGUCUGAAGUUUGUCAAUGAACAUCUGAAUGAUUCAGAGGAGAACUGGGUGAAGUGUUGUGGUCAGAUGAGACCAAAAUGGAGCUCUUUGGCAUCAACUCAACUCGCCGUGUUUGGAGGAGGAGGAAUGCUGCCUAUGACCCCAAGAACACCAUCCCCACCGUCAAACAUGGAGGUGGAAACAUUAUGCUUUGGGGGUGUUUUUCUGCUAAGGGGACAGGACAACUUCACCGCAUCAAAGGGACGAUGGACAGGGCCAUGUACCGUCAAAUCUUGGGUGAGAACCUCCUUCCCUCAGCCAGGGCAUUGAAAAUGGGUCGUGGAUGGGUAUUCCUGCAUGACAUUGACCCAAAACACACGGCCAAGGCAACAAAGGAGUUGCUCAAGAAGAAGCACAUUAAGGUCCUGGAGUGGCCUAGCCAGUCUCCAGACCUUAAUCCCAUAGGAAAAUCUGUGGAGGGAGCUGAAGGUUCGAGUUGCCAAACGUCAGCCUCGAAACCUUAAUGACUUGGAGAAGAUCUGCAAAGAGGAGUGGGACAAAAUCCCUCCUGAGAUGUGUGCAAACCUGGUGGCCAACUACAAGAAAUGUCUGACCUCUGUGAUUGCCAACAAGGGUUUUGCCACCAAGUACUAAGUCAUGUUUUGCAGAAGGGUCAAAUACUUAUUUCCCUUAUUAAAAUGCAAAUCAAUUUAUAACCUUUUUGACAUGCGUUUUUCUGGAUUUUUUUGUUGUUAUUCUGUCUCUCACUGUUCAAAUAAACCUACCAUUAAAAUUAUAGACUGAUCAUUUCUUUGUCAGUGGGCAAACGUACAAAAUCAGCAGGGGAUCAAAUACUUUUUUCCCUCACUGUACAUAUUAAUUCAAGUUGGAAUCCGUUGCGGUGAAACUGCCACAUCUGUUUGCGAUAUUCUAACAACAACAGACAUUACUUCAAACAACACACACUGUUUUAUUCACUCGGACAUCAAUGCACAUCCUUGCACACACGAUUGUACAUACUCUGGUGUUCUAUAUUUUUUUAUUUCUUUAUUACUUUGCUGGCUGCUCAUCUCCUUUUCAAAAACAAAACAAAAUCAAUGAGGUUGAAUGCAUGACUACAUCACGAAAGAGGAACACUUGAAUGAAAUUAUGGAGUUUUUGAUUGAAUUUACAGCAGAAUUCUGUCACCCAAGCUCUAACCGAAUCAAUGCAUUGUUCCCUGCUUUCAACCUUUUCUAUUAAGCUGGGGAAAACACUUACGGGAGAUGUAACACACACCUCUGUUCUGAUCCUUUUAGGCUGAGAGGAUCAAACCGAUAUCAGAGGGCUUUUAGAUACUCUCCUUUAAUUUAGCAUUUUAUUAGGCAGGAAUCAAAACCUUGUUUACUUCAUUGAUUGUUCAUCCAACCAUUGAAAACUAAAGCAAAUCCCAGUUUCUGUCGGUCUCUUGCCCCAGCGGUCCAUGCUAAGAGUAUAGUGGCCAUUCUUCACCUGUUGGUGGCGCUGUCUCAGCACUUCAGAGCACCAAUCAGACUUCCUGAUCAUGUGUCCAUCCAAGUAGUGGUGGUUCAGGUACUGUACAUCCUCUUAUUUUGCUUGGCGAAUAGUACACAUAUACAUGUUUGUUACACGUUACAUUCUUAUAAAUGCUGUUUUUACGAUAAAUUACAAUACUACAGUACUUUGUCAAAUUAUACAACGGGUGGGUCUAAUCCUGAAUGCUGAUUGGUUAAAACCGCAUUCCAGCCGGUUUCUAUUCCACAAGUUACUACCGGCUAUGUUUGACGUAAAAAAAAAAUGCUCAUUUACUCUGUUCUUUCUCCUGUUUCAUUUCCCUUUUUUCUUUAUUUUCUCUCAGAAAAUGGAGGGGAUUCUGCAAUCUCGCCAGAUCCAGGAGGAGAUCACAGGCAAUACAGAGUAUGUCACGUUUUCACUGGUGGGAUGAACCAGUCAUUGAGAGAACACACUCCUCCUCACUCAGUCUGAGAGCUAUGUUAUGUCAGAAAUAGGGAGAGGUUCAGCACAACAGUACACCACAUUAUAUCACUGUCUUCCCCAAAAACACAAUGCAAUCUCUUAUUCACAAUAUUAAGUACUUUAAUAUUGAUUUUCAUCUCUCAAAUGCAAUCCCUUCUGUAGCCUUUAUGAAAUAACUGCAUCCUAUUAAUAGGUUUUCAAGCACAAUUAUUUCACUGGUGUGUAUGAACACAGAAGACCAUUGUAUAGACCGGGAUGUGGUGGUUUCUUGCCAGUCUAGCACAGCCCCAGCUGAGGUUGGAGCGGUCCAGCAGGUCCAGAGCAGCUGGGGAGAUAAGUGGGCAAGCAAAGCGCUCAUAUUAUGAUCACGGUCACAGGGCUGUUAUCAUAUGACCAGAACUGUUGCCCUGCCACUGCCAUCAGAGAUUACACCAUGAAGAGAAAGGGUGCCGUAUGCGCGUGUUUAAACCAUUCCUUGUUGGCCCUCUUAUGGGUGAGAGCUGUUGGCAUGUUGCAGCAGCCCCUUGACUCAACAUCCGUGACAAUGCCCAGUGGACACAUCCAUUUUGUUAAUGUUCAGUAAGGUUAACCUCUUAUGUACCCCAACAACAUUACUGUAUUCACCAUCAACAUUCCUCUGUAUCAGGUUGAUAUGAACGUAUCAAUAGGAGUUGUAGAGCAGUCCCGUGUGGCUCACUUGGUAGAGCAUGGUGCUUGUAACGCCAGGGUUGUGGGUUCAAUUCCCACGGGGGACCUGUAUGAAAAUGUGUCCACUCACUACUGUAAGUUGCUCUGGAUAAGAGCGUCUGCUAAAUUACUAAAAUGUAAAGUAGGCUGAUGUAGAAAUGUAAUUCAAUUCUUUGUGAGCUGACCUUGUAGACCAAAUGGAGCUUUUAUACAGUGGGGAAAAAAAGUAUUUAGUCAGCCACCAAUUGUGCAAGUUCUCCCACUUAAAAAGAUGAGAGAGGCCUGUAAUUUUCAUCAUAGGUACACGUCAACUAUGACAGACAAUGAGGAAAAAAAAUCCAGAAAAUCACAUUGUAGGAUUUUUAAUGAAUUUAUUUGCAAAUUAUGGUGGAAAAUAAGUAUUUGGUCAAUAACAAAAGUUUCUCAAUACUUUGUUAUAUACCCUUUGUUGGCAAUGACACAGGUCAAACGUUUUCUGUAAGUCUUCACAAGGUUUUCACACACUGUUGCUGGUAUUUUGGCCCAUUCCUCCAUGCAGAUCUCCUCUAGAGCAGUGAUGUUUUGGGGCUGUCGCUGGGCAACACAGACUUUCAACUCCCUCCAAAGAUUUUCUAUGGGGUUGAGAUCUGGAGAAUGGCUAGGCCACUCCAGGACCUUGAAAUGCUUCUUACGAAGCCACUCCUUCGUUGCCCGGGCGGUGUGUUUGGGAUCAUUGUCAUGCUGAAAGACCCAGCCAUGUUUCAUCUUCAAUGCCCUUGCAGAUGGAAGGAGGUUUUCACUCAAUCUCACGAUACAUGGCCCCAUUCAUUCUUUCCUUUACACGGAUCAGUCGUCCUGGUCCCUUUGCAGAAAAACAGCCCCAAAGCAUGAUGUUUCCACCCCCAUGCUUCACAGUAGGUAUGGUGUUCUUUGGAUGCAACUCAGCAUUCUUUGUCCUCCAAACACGACGAGUUGAGUUUUUACCAAAAAGUUAUAUUUUGGUUUCAUCUGACCAUAUGACAUUCUCCCAAUCCUCUUUUGGAUCAUCCAAAUGCACUCUAGCAAACUUCAGACGGGCCUGGACAUGUACUGGCUUAAGCAGGGGGACACGUCUUGUACUGCAGGAUUUGAGUGCCUGGCGGCGUAGUGUGUUACUGAUGGUAGGCUUUGUUACUUUGGUCCCAGCUCUCUGCAGGUCAUUCACUAGGUCCCCCCGUGUGGUUCUGGGAUUUUUGCUCACCGUUCUUGUGAUCAUUUUGACCCCACGGGGUGAGAUCUUGCGUGGAGCCCCAGAUCGAGGGAGAUUAUCAGUGGUCUUGUAUGUCUUCCAUUUCCUAAUAAUUGCUCCCACAGUUGAUUUCUUCAAACCAAGCUGCUUACCUAUUGCAGAUUCAGUCUUCCCAGCCUGGUGCAGGUCUACAAUUUUGUUUCUGGUGUCCUUUGACAGCUCUUUGGUCUUGGCCAUAGUGGAGUUUGGAGUGUGACUGUUUGAGGUUGUGGACAGGUGUCUUUUAUACUGAUAACAAGUUCAAACAGGUGCCAUUAAUACAGGUAACGAGUGGAGGACAGAGGAGCCUCUUAAAGAAGAAGUUACAGGUCUGUGAGAGCCAGAAAUCUUGCUUGUUUGUAGGUGACCAAAUACUUAUUUUCCACCAUAAUUUGCAAAUAAAUUCAUAAAAAAUCCUACAAUGUGAUUUUCUGGAUUUUCUUUUCUCAAUUUGUCUGUCAUAGUUGACGUGUACCUAUGAUGAAAAGUACAGGCCCCUCUCAUCUUUUUAAGUGGGAGAACUUGCACAAUUGGUGGUUGACUAAAUACUUUUUUUCCCCACUGUAUCUUGUUUUAUUCUUCUUUCUCUUUUCCCUCAGGGCUUUAUCUGGGAGACAUGGUAUGUGUUCUACUGGGUUUAUUCUCUACUAAUGCAUUUUCUCAUCAGUCACAGUGAAAUUGAAACUUUUUUUUCUUAAUAGCACAGUUUUCAGUAUAUGACAACCUUGUCACUUUUUACCUCGUUUCUUUGAGUAACGGUAUUACUGUUCUCUCCGUCCAUUAAGAGCGAGAUGCUUUCGACACCCUGUUUGACCAUGCUCCAGACAAGCUCAAUGUGGUGAAAAAGGUAGUGUGUGUUAUUUGUUCAUACUUGUAGUAGAGGGUUUUCUGUUGUACUGUUGGUGUGCCUCACAGAAAUAACUGCUGUUUCCACAGACUCUCAUCACCUUUGUGAACAAACACUUGAACAAGCUCAAUUUGGAGGUGGCUGAACUGGACACACAGGUACAGUAUGAGCUAGAAUUAUCUAAUGAGAAUCAUACCUCAUCUUGUAUAUUGAUAUGAAUAACCUUGUUUGUUUGUUCUUUAGUUUGCUGACGGUGUGUACCUGGUUCUGCUGAUGGGACUGCUGGAGGGCUACUUUGUUCCACUCUAUCAUUUCUUCCUGACUCCUGAGAACUUUGACCAACAGGUAUGUUGACAUUUACUCGCCAUUUUUCCAAAUUCUAUCUUUGCUCUGUGUAGUACAACAGUGAACACAUUAGUCUUUGUUUUGUUCCAUUUCAUACAUUUCCAGCAAAUUGUAAUAUUUGCAGGCCCUAAUUGUUAUAGGAAUCCAUUAGAAUACAACAGAAUUCAAUCAUUUGCAUCAUUAUGUUCAAUUCAAGAUGGCUAAUCCUUCAAAGUUAUGAAUUAUAUUUGCUGAUAUUAGUAUUUAUCAUGAAGAUUAUUCCAUACUGUCAGACAGACAGUGUGCAACCCAAAGCCUCUUGACUGCUAUUCUUAGCAGGCUUUCUAAAGGGACGCCCUGUCAGGCCUGAGCCUGGGUCCUCUCCAGCAGGCUGUGCUGUGCCAGGCAGUGGGCACCCACCCGCCAGGCAGCAUCUGUAAUCUGCUCCUGCACAGAAAAUCAAUAAGUGGCCAAGAGAUUAGCGCUAAUGCAGGGAGAGGUGGAGGAGCAGGGACAAGGGGUCCUUUCAGGGACAGCUGCUAUAUAGGAGUGCCUGGUACUCGCCUGAAGGAAUCCUCCAAUGGUCGGUCUCGGUAUUGCUUGAUUUAACACGCUCUCGUUUUUCCUUCUCUUUCGCUGUCUCUCUCUCUCUCCCACUCACUCUCUCUCUCUCUCUCAAGCUCUCUCUUUCUCUUAAGAUUUGGCUACUAAUUACCCACUCCAUAUUUCCUACAUUGCCUUCACCUCCUAGCUGAUCUGUUCUAAGACUUCCCACGUGCUGUACUGACACUCAGUACCUCACUUUUACAUGAACCAACUCAACCAAACAACAACCACAUUCUGACAGAAACCCCUCCCCCUUCCUUUUUGCCUGGUGCAGAGUGACUGUUUGUCCAGCUGGAAAGGGCUUAUGGGUUUAUUGAGCUGAUGUUUGCACACCUAGGAACCUGUGGUAGGGGAACUGUAAUGACUUGUGUGAAUUGUAUAGGUGUGUUAUGGUUUGGGAGCCGUUUCCUCAUACUCUAGGCCUACCUGUGGUGGCUGGCUCUUCUGUUGUGUAAUUUUGCUGUCAUUGUCUUUCUCAUGCAGGUGCACAACGUGUCCUUCUCCUUUGAGCUGAUGCAAGACGGAGGUCUGGAGAGACCCAAACCUAGACCUGAAGGUAGGUGUUCUCCUUUAGGAUGCUGUUAUAUAGUUGCCAUGGACAAUUGUUUUGUAUUAUUUGUACAUUUUUUAAAAUCCUUUUCUUCUUAUUUUAAAGAAGACUGAUUAUGGAAAUUUGGUGCAAAACCAUGAUGGCGCAAUACAUUUGAUGCCUAAUUUAAUGUCAGUAUUUUCUUUGUGAGAAUUCCGUCAGGCAAUAAGCCCUGACGGCAGUAUUCUCACAUAAAGCCAAACUUCUCUUCCACUCGAACUGCUCUGAGAGAAUUGGCUGUAUGCUCUUCUAAUAUACAAAUCCAUUCAGUGAAUCGUAAAUACCACACUUUGCUGAAGUAAAAGCACUACACACCAAGCCCCUUUGUGGAUAUGUUAACUUUUUGGGUUUUGUGUGUGUUUACGUAACGUCUUUGCUAGUCUGUCCUUAGUAUUAUGUAGUAGUGUCUGUUAAUGCGUGUUGAAACACAUUCAUGUUCAGUGUACUUUUUUGUUGGAAGUGUUGUUCCUGAAUCAUUUCUCAUGGUCAAACCAUUUCCUUUAUACCACAUCCUGCUGGAAUUCUAUUAGAAAAUAUGUUUACUUGUAUUGAAUCUACAGUUGAAGUCGGAAGUUUACAUACACCUUAGCCAAAUACAUUUAAACUCAGUUUUUCACAAUUCCUGACAUUUAAUCCUAGUAACAAUUCCCUGUCUUAGGUCAGUUAAGGAUCACCACUUAUUUUAAGAAUGUGAAAUGUCAGAAUAAUAGUAGAGAGAAUUAUUUAUUUCAGCUUUUAUUUCUUUCAUCACAUUCCCAGUGGGUCAGAAGUUUACAUACACUCAAUUAGUAUUUGGUAGCAUUGCCUUUAAAUUGUUUAACUUGGGUCAAAUGUUUCGGGUAGCCUUCCACAAGCUUCCCACAAUAAGUUGGGUGAAUUUUGGCCCAUUCCUCCUGACAGAACUGGUGUAACUGAGCCAGGUUUGUAGGCCUCCUUGCUCGCACACGCUUUUUCAGUUCUGCCCACAAAUUUUCUAUAGGAUUGAGGUCAGGGCUUUGUGAUGGCCACUCCAAUACCUUGACUUUGUUGUCCUUAAGCCAUUUUGCCACAACUUUGGAAGUAUGCUUGGGGUCAAUGUCCAUUUGGAAGACCCAUUUGCGACCAAACUUCCUGACUGAUGUCUUGAGAUGUUGUUUCAAUAUAUCCACAUCAUUUUCCUUCCUCAUGAUGCCAUCUAUUUUGUGAAGUGCACCAGUCCCUCCUGCAGCAAAGCACCCCCACAGCAUGAUGCUGCUACCCCCGUGCUUCACGGUUGGGAUGGUGAUCUCCGGCUUGCAAGCACCCCCUUUUUCCUGCAGACAUAAUGAUGGUCAUUAUGGCCAAACAACAGUUCUAUUUUUGUUUCAUCAGACCAGAGGACAUUUCUCCAAAAAGUACAAUCUUUGUCCCCAUGUGGAGUUGCAAACCGUAGUCUGGCUUUUUUAUGGCGGUUUUGGAGCAGUGGCUUCUUCCUUGCUGAGCGGCCUUUCAGGUUAUGUCGAUAUAGGACUCAUUUUACUGUGGACAUAGAUACUUGUACCUGUUUCCUCCAGCAUCUUCACAAGGUCCUUUGCUGUUGUUCUGGGAUUGAUUUGCACUUUUCGCACCAACGUACGUUCAUCUCUAAGAGACAGAACGCGGUAUGACGGCUGCAUGGUCCUAUGGUGUUUAUACUUGCGUACUAUUGUUUGUACAGAUGAACGUGGUACCUUCAGGUGUUUGGAAAUUGCCCCCAAGGAUGAACCAGGCUUGUGGAGGUCUACAAUUGUUUUCUGAGGUCUUGGCUGAUUUCUUUUGAUUUUCCCAUGAUGUCAAGCAAAGAGGCACUGAGUUUGAAGGUAGGCCUUGAAAUACAUCCACAGGUAAACCUCCAAUUGACUCAAAUGAUGUCAAUUUGACUAUCAGAAGCUUCUAAAGCCAUGACAUCAUUUUCUGGAAUUUUCCAAGCUGAUUAAAGGCACAGUCAACUUAGUGUAUGUAAACUUCUGACCCACUGGAAUUGUGAUACAGUGAAAUAAUCUGUCUGUAAACAAUUGUUGGAAUAAUUACUUGUGUCAUGCACAAAGUAGAUGUCCUAACCGACUUGCCAAAACUAUAGUUUGUUAACAAGAAAUUUGUGGAGUGGUUGAAAAACGAGUUUUAAUGACUCCAACCUAAGUGUAUGUAAACUUCUGACUUCAACUGUAUCUCAGUUUUUAGAGAGAUUGGUGUCUGUAUAUGUGUUUUUUCAAAUAUGAUUAUUAAUUCCCUUAUUUCCCAGAUAUUGUGAACUGUGACCUCAAGUCAACGCUGAGGGUGCUGUACAACCUCUUCACCAGGUACAGAAAUGUGGACUGAAUAUGCAGUGUUGGGGAGGACUCAUUUUAUGGGGUACCACAUUAAAACGCUUCAGGCAUUUUUCCACAAUUACAUGAUACAAGGGAAGUUGUCCCUUGCAAAGAGCACUACGAACCAAUUCAGGACAUUCAGCAUUGCUAUUAUGAUAAUUGUCUAUAGAUUCCAUUAUUCCAAAUAAUGUAUGUUCCAUAUUAAUAACUAUUGUAUGUGCCGUUUUACCAUUUUGAAAAUACACUAAAUACUGUAUCUGUUUUUGUUUCUUAAAUUAAUGCAUAUUAGUUUGAUUUUACUUCGUGAUUGUAUGAUUGGUAUUUUAAUUAUAUAUUUUUAUUGAUGAUAAUUCCCAUUUUUGAUUCUUAAAAUGUAAUAUUUCAAAAGGUUUGGUAUAGUGAUUAAUGCUUCCAUCCCUAAAGCUUGUUUCAUUUAUCUACUAAACAAAUGUUUGUUAACCUAUAUUUAUUUUGAUUUCAUGUACACCUGACCUUCUCAUUCACUUAGCCAUUUUCUACUUUCAUUAGUAGAUAAGUGCCUUUAUUUAAACACAUACUGCAUGCCGUUAUUAGGAAGACACCACUUAAAGUACUGACUGUGAUUGAAUAUGCUCUUUUACUUUAUUCUCAAAACGGUUUUGCAUGUAUCAUAUAUGAUAAAUGUUUUAAUGACCCCGAAAUGAAAUUCCUAAAUGUUGAAAUGUUAAAGUAAUAAUCUUAUAAAGAAACGGAAGCUAUCACUCACGGUAACCCUUUAUUUGGAUAGUCCAUCUGUAGAUGCUCUACAGC